CAAAAAUCCCUUAAAAAGAGGCAUAAACCCAAACCAUUCCUACCAGUCUACCACACAGCGAUCAGUUGAAUUUUGAUCUUCUUCCUCUAUCUCCAGGCGGAAGUGAUAUGGCUGUCUCGGUGAAGCAGAUGUCACUCAUCGUGGCAACUCUUGGGAUUCUGUCCUUUGUUUUUGGUAUAGUCGCUGAAAAUAAUAAGCCGACUGCAGGGAAACCAAUCCCUGGAAAAGAUGUUGUAAUUUGCAAGUACCCAUCUGAUCCAACAGUUGCCUUCGGAUAUUUGUCAUUUGCAUUUCUCAUAGCAACCACUGUGUCCGGGUGUAUGUCUCUUGUUUACCCAUACAAAGGGAAGUCGGUCCCACAAUCUGCUCUACUCCAAAGCACAAGCUUUGUUGUAUUCUUCAACAUAGCUUUGUUAACAGGUGGAUUAGCUGCAGCACUGCUCUUGUGGCCAACAAUUACGGAACAACUUCACCUAUCUCACAAUGUUCAUCAUAAUCUCAAUGCAGAGUGUCCUACCGCCAAGACUGGUCUCCUUGGUGGUGGUGCUUUUCUUUCUCUUGAUUCAGCCCUCUUCUGGUUAGUUGCUCUCAUGUUGGCUGAUAAUGCUAGAGAGGACUACUUUGAUGAGGAAGAAGAUCAGAAAGGCCAAUACGGCCAGGUUCUGGCAACUGAUUAUGAUGAACCUGCACAUUUGAAGGGCUCUGCAUAACAAUGCAUUAAGAAAUGCAAUAAGAAUGUGAAUGUUUCAUUCCAUUAGACUUUGUUAUUGGCACAUUAAAUUUAUUUGCUGGGAUUGUUGAAUAGCUUUUGUUAAAUGGAACUUUUCAUUGUAAAUAUUGCUUAUGGAUGAAUCAAUUUGCUUCUGUUUUAACUAUUGAA